AUGAUAAUGAACAAUCAAACUGUCAUCACCGAAUUCCUCCUUAUGGGUCUGCCCAUCCUGCCAGAGCACCAGCACCUUUUCUAUGCUUUGUUCCUAGUCAUGUACCUCACCACCAUCCUGGGAAACCUGCUAAUCAUUGUCCUUGUUCAACUGGACUCCCAUCUCCACACACCCAUGUACUUGUUUCUCAGCAACUUGUCCUUCUCUGAUCUCUGCUUUUCUUCAGUCACAAUGCCCAAAAUGCUCCAGAACAUGCAGAACCAGGACCCGUCCAUCCCCUAUGGAGGUUGCCUGGCUCAAACAUACUUCUUAAUGGUUUUUGGAGACAUGGAGAGCUUCCUUCUUGUGGUCAUGGCCUAUGAUCGCUAUGUGGCCAUCUGCUUCCCUCUGCAUUACACCAGCAUCAUGAGCCCCAAGCUCUGUACUUGUCUAGUGCUGCUAUUGUGGAUGCUGACAACAUCUCAUGCUAUGAUGCACACCCUGAUUGCAGCAAGAUUGUCUUUUUGUGAGAACAAUGUGGUCCUCAACUUUUUCUGUGACCUAUUUGUUCUCCUAAAGCUGGCCUGCUCAGACACUUAUGUUAAUGAGUUGAUGAUAUUUAUCAUGAGUACACUUCUCAUUAUUAUUCCAUUCUUCCUCAUUGUUAUGUCCUAUGUCAGGAUCAUCUCCUCCAUUCUUAAGGUUCCAUCUACCCAAGGCAUCUACAGGGUCUUCUCCACCUGUGGUUCCCACCUGUCUGUGGUCUCAUUGUUCUAUGGGACAAUUAUUGGUCUGUAUUUAUGUCCAUCAGCUAAUAACUCUACUGUGAAGGAGAUUGCCAUGACCCUGAUGUACACAGUGGUGACUCCCAUGCUCAACCCCUUCAUCUAUAGCCUGAGGAAUAGAGAUAUAAAAAGGGCCCUAAUAAGAGUUAUCUAUAGUAAGAAAAUCUCUCUGUAA